AUGGGAAAUCUUUUAAAAGUUCUCACUUGCACAGAGCUUGAUCAGGGGCCAAAUUUUUUCCUUGACUUUGAAAAUGCACAGCCCACAGACGGAGAAAGGGAGGUAUGGAAUCAGAUCAGUGCAGUUUUACAGGACUCGGAAAGUAUGCUUGCAGACCUUCAGGCUUACAAAGGAGCUGGACAAGAAAUUAGAGAUGCAAUACAAAAUCCCAAUGAUAUCCAGUUGCAAGAAAAAGCAUGGAAUUCAGUGUGUCCUCUGGUUGUAAGGCUGAAGCGCUUUUAUGAGUUUUCACUCAGAUUAGAGAAAGCCCUGCAGAGCUUAUUGGAGUCCUUGACGUGCCCACCUUAUACUCCAACUCAGCACCUGGAACGGGAACAGGCUCUAGCUAAAGAGUUUGCAGAAAUCUUACAUUUUACUCUCCGUUUUGAUGAACUUAAGAUGAGAAACCCAGCAAUUCAGAAUGACUUCAGUUACUAUAGGCGGACAAUAAGUCGCAACAGAAUAAACAACAUGCAUCUAGACAUUGAGAAUGAAGUAAACAAUGAAAUGGCCAAUAGAAUGUCCCUCUUUUAUGCAGAAGCCACACCAAUGCUGAAAACGCUCAGUAAUGCAACUACACAUUUUGUAUCAGAAAACAAAACGUUACCAAUUGAAAAUACAACGGACUGUCUAAGUACUAUGGCAAGUGUGUGUAAAGUCAUGUUGGAAACACCAGAGUACAGGAGUAGAUUCACCAGUGAAGAGACCCUUAUGUUCUGCAUGCGAGUAAUGGUGGGAGUUAUUAUUCUGUAUGAUCAUGUUCAUCCUGUGGGAGCUUUCUCAAAGACAUCAAAGAUUGAUAUGAAGGGAUGCAUAAAAGUUUUAAAGGAACAACCACCUGACACUGUGGAAGGACUUCUGAAUGCUCUCAGGUUCACUACAAAACACCUGAAUGAUGAAUCUACUUCAAAACAAAUUCGAGCUAUGCUGCAGUAGUAUCCGGAGACAAGUAGAUGUUUGUAUUGAUCACAGAAGAUGUGUAUGUUUACAUAAUUUAAUACAGUUUGAUGUUAAUACUUGUGUGUAUUUACAUAACCAUUUUCUUCACAUUGCUAAAAUAUAUGAAUCUGUUCAUAACCUGACUUUAUAUAGUGCAGCCUAAGUUUUUAUGCUACCCUUUAUCUUUUCACUUUUAAAAUAGUUUUUUACUUAGAUACUUCAGCUGCAACAGUUUAUCUGUGCAUUUUAAUCUUUAAACACCUUCUCUAUCAAAGAAGUAAGUAGUAGUAAAGACAGAAUGGAAAUCAAAUAAACUGAAAUGUCAAAGAUACCACAGAAAAGGAACUUUAAAGGAGGGGAAAGUUAAUAUAAGAGAAAGUAAAAUUAAUUUGAUAUGUUUUAAGAACAUGUGCAGUUUUUUAGUCAGUUAGUUUUAGGAUCUCAUCAAAUUUGUAUGAAUAGAAGAAUAUCUGAAUGUUCAUCACUCUCAUAAAAUAUGUUGUCUUUCCUGAAAUAAGUGGGGAUCCACCUAAUGUUAAGGAUUAUGUGCUGGCUGACUUUCCAAAAUGUAUUGCAAAGUGGUCAUUUUACCUUUUUUUGUUAAGUAUAACCUGUACCUUUCCACCAUUGAGGAAAUUAAUAUCCUUUUUCAGAUUCAAUAUAAAUAAAAAGAAGAUGUGUUUCAAGACCAUUGCUAG